UCCUGAUUUUGCCAAGUCCUCGUUGUCCUGAGACCAAUAUUUUUUUAUGAUGACCCUGGGACAACAACUGCCUCAGCCAAUCAAAGUUUAUGACGUCAUCACUAUGUGCGCAGUGCAGAGUCCGCCAAAAUAACAGUAACGCCCCUCUUACAAAUUCAAAGAAAAGAAAAACUGUCCUGCAUCUGCAAGCACCGUGAUACCAGAGAAGAUAGCAAGUAAAAAGCAGUCAAAGACAAACGUCCGAAAUGCGGAACAAAACAGCGCUAGUUUGCUCGCCGCACGGACCAUUCAGCUCGGUCCACCAUCAGACAGUACUGCAAUUCGCUGCGAGAUCCAGAUUUCGACAUCAGAGAUGGAGGAAUUCAUAAAAACAACGGUCUACAAAGAGGAGCGCUUUAAAGGAAACAAAAAAGAGACUGAUAUAACAGUCCAUGUUUUAGAAAAGGAUUUAGAUGCCUGUGCAUUUAUACAGCAAAGACUCACUACCAUAAACACCUCCAAAGAUGCCAACUUCAGGACUGUGAAUUCUGCAAGUUUGCAAAAUCAAAAAAAAUGGAUAUUUCUUGUUUUCAUGCAAACGGUCUGGAGCAUGCACGCAACGAAGUCGACGUGCCAAAGGAUGCAAGGCCUAUGUUUCCUUUAAAAAGAGGACAGACUGGCUCAACAAACUGGUUAUAGUCGAAAGGCUUUACACCAUUCAUUCAGGACAUGACCCAUCAAGUUCUUCUGAGGGCCACUUAGAAAACAUUAGUCAAGAGCUAGUCAAGCAUAUUCAGGAUUUAAUAUCUCUUGGUGUUAAACCAGAUACAAUUCUCCUAAAAUCACAUGAGUGGUCAAAAGAACAAGGACAUACUGAUCUCAACAACCGAGCUUAUUUUGUUACCCCAAAAGAUAUUGAAAAUAUUCGCACAUGUAUGAUGCGAAAAAAUCAGCAACACAAAGAUGAUGCCACUAGUACCUCACGCCUUCUGGAGGGCCCUUUUAAAGACUAUGUUAUUUUUUAUCAGCCUUAUAGUCCUCAAACAGAUCUUGUCAUAGUUCUGCAAACACCGUCCAUGAGAGACAACCUUCAAGAAUACGGAAGAGAUAUUGUUUUUAUGGAUGCGACACAUGGUGUCAACCAGUACGGUUUUCCUUUAUUUACAUUACUUGUCAGGGACAGUCAUGGUCAUGGAAUCCCUGUUACCUAUAUCAUCUUGGGGAAUGAAAAGCAAGAGACACUUCAGUUGGCACUGGAAGAACUGAAACCAACAUUUCCUGUACCUCCGAGGUGCUUUAUGGUUGAUAAAGACCAGGCUGAAAUCAAUUCCAUCCGUAAGGUAUUCAAUGAGUCAGACGUUCUCCUCUGUUGGUACCAUGUAACACAAGCAGUAACUCGAUGGCUGUCAAGAUCUGAAUCUGGUGUGAGUGGACCUGAAAAGGCAGAUUCAAGAGCGCACAUCAUGCAGUUCAUGUCAGAGCUGAAAUCCUGUUCAACGGAACAUGAAUUUAAGAAGAAAUCUGAGAUGUUUCACUGCCAGUUUAAGAACUUAAAAGAUGUCUGCAAGUACUUCAGGAACCACUGGGAGACAAUUGGUCAUCUGUGGUCUAACUUCGGAAGAUGUUAUAAGCAUGGAGACUCUGACACAAACAAUCUAAUAGAACGUUUCUUCCACCGUUUAAAAUACCAAUUCCUCUGUGGCAUCCGCAAUCGUAGAUUGGAUCGUUUGAUUGCUGUGCUGCUGAACAAGACUGACAAGUACUUCAAUAUAAUACAGGAUUUGCAGUCUGUUGGGAGGGUCAGUAACCCUUUGGAAUGCAAAAUGGAAGAAAUAAAGCAAUCUGCUGAGAGGAUGCUAGAGAAUGGAUGGGCCAUGAAAAUUACCAUAGCUUCAAAAGAAACAUAUGUAUACAAUGUUCCAUCUGAGAAUAAUCCACAUGUAGUUUACUGUGUGUGUCCUGCAGAACAGUUCUGCAGUUGUGAAGCUGGUAAAAGGGCACAUACGUGUAAGCAUCUCUUUUUAUUAAGUCUUCUCACUUGCUGUGGUCCUGAGAAUUUUCCAGACAUGGACACACAACUGCAGGCCCAUGCCAAUAACUUGAUUCGAACAAAUAAGUAUAGCAUUACUGCAAAGCCUCAAAAAACAAUAGAGGUUGAAAGCUUAUUUGGAAGAGCAGCAUCAAAACCGUGUAUUGUGACAAGUAUAUGUGACUGCUGUACUUUCUCAUACCAUAAAUAUGUGCUUGUCUACUGCUUGCGAAGGGACUUUUGAAUGAGGUGAUUGAGACAAAAUCAAGAAGUUCUAUGAACAAUUCAGUAGAGCCGAUACAAAAUGAAAUUGAGAAUGAAAGUGCAUAUGAAGAUAUGCGUCGUACAACUAUCAGGAAACUGGAAAGCGUACUGAAGAUUCUACAGACAUGGGAGAGAAUUCCAGAGGAUAUUGCCCAUAAAGUGAAUGAACUAGAAGUGCAAACAAAAGAAGAAAGUAUGAACAUUAAUGGAUUUGGGAGACUUUGUGAUGCGGACAUGUCACGUAAAAUACAUCCACUGUUU